AUGAACAUUAUCGAGGGAAGAUAGUUACUUUGGUCGUGGGUGCCCUCUCAGUGGUGUUGAAUAUGCUGAUAAUUUAAUACGGCGGUGGAAAUAGCAUAGUGGCCUUGGUGGCCCCCACGACCCUGAUGGCUACCCCUGCACCUCUACGUAAGCCACGGGUCUUUGAGUUGUCUGUUGGGUAUCUCGCUUCCCCUCGAUACUGGGACAAAGCCCCGGUAUUGCAACGUAAACAUGGCUCUGUUUGGUUUCUUUUUUUGCGACAGCUUUCUCCGGCUGGCCUAUCCCACGAAUAGGAUUCGCUGCCAAGAGCGCCCGGGUUCCAAUCUUGCAAGAGAAUUCACACCUAAAC